CUAAAGCUCUUUGUGAAAUCUAGGGUUAGGGAUUUUCUUCUACUUGAAAUUUAUUGAAUGAAGUAAAAUACUUUAAAGCUGUGACCUUGCAAGUGCCCUUCGAGUAGUACAUUGCGAGCUGACUCUUAAGUUAUUAAAUCCGUCAAGAAGAGUAUGUCUUCUUCAUCUCUGUUAAUGUCCAAAGAUGAUGUAAGUUUAUGAGGUAAAAAAUCGUCUUUCUUUGUUACGGGGCAAACACCACCCCAUUGCUGCAUCAGAAAGUUGUAUAUAAGAAGCGAAAGUGAUGGAGAAUUAUCCUUAUAAGAACCUUUCGACUUCAAUUAUGAACCUUCCAGAUGACUGCUUUGCUCUUAUCCUACAACUGCUUAAUAGACCAAUGGAUCGUAAUUCAUUUGGUUUGACUUGUCAUCGGUGGCUUCAUAUACAGAAUUCAAGUCGACGGAAACUAUGGUUCAAUCAUUAUCAUCAUCCACUUACGAAAGUUAGCCCUCACAGCUAUUCUUUUAGACUUACUAAGUUAUUGACUCGUUUCCAGCAGCUAAAUUUUUUAUCUUUAUCUCAUUGCACCGAGUUACCAGAUUCAGCUUUAUCCCAGUUACAAAUCCAUGGCUCAAACAUUCAGACCCUAUAUUUAGAGUGUUGCUUAGCCAUUACAGAUUACGGAUUCACUUUGAUGGCUUCUGGGUGCCCUCGUUUAACGUGUAUAAGUCUGUACAGGUGUAAUAUUAGUGAUAUUGGAUUAGAGUACUUGGCUAAAUCUUGUUCAUCUUUACAGAAGGUAAACCUUUCCUGGUGUGGAAUUACUGAUACAGGUAUAAUAUCCUUGGGUGAAUCAUGUUCGUCCUUGCAAAAGUUGAACCUUUCAAAUUGUGGGUCGGUUUCUGAUAGAGGCAUAAGAUAUCUCUCACAAGCAUGUCGGCAACUCAGCUCAAUAACGAUCUCAUACUGUGAAAGGAUCACUGGUGUUGGCUUUCAUGGAUUUUCAGAAACCUUAGCUUCUGUCGAAGCAGUUUCCUGUAAACUUGAACCAGAAGGUAUACAGGCAAUUGUUAGCGGAGGUGGGCUUGAGUACCUUGACCUCUCGGAUCUUGUUCCCCUUGGGACGCGAUUGGACAGGGUUGGAGAGGGAUUUACGAAGAAUCUACGAGUUCUUAAUCUUCGAAACUGUCGUGAUGUACGCAACACAGCAGUGAUUAAAAUUUCAAAAGGGUGUCCGUUAUUACAGGAAUGGAACUUAGCACAUUGUCAUAACAUUGAUCUUGAUGGAUGGAAAGCUAUUGGGUCGAAUUGUCAUAACCUAGAGAUACUGCAUGUAAACAUGUGUUGGAAUUUACGUGAUUCAGGGUUGCACGCAUUGCUUUCUGACGGAUGCAGGCGUCUAUCAAAGUUAUACAUUUCAAAUUGUAAUGGUAGAAUCAGUUAUUUCACAAUUGAGCAGUUCAAGUGCAGAAGAAGUGAUGUGAAGAUUAAGGAAAAGGAAGUACAGGGUACAAAAACUAAGAACAUAUUCUGAGCUUCCAAGAUCCAUUUUUCCUUUUUGGCUGUUACUUACAGAAGUACAGUUUCAUGAGCUGUUACCUACAAAAAUGUCGAUCUUUUUUGUGUUUCUUGCUAAAGCAGUUGAAUGCUUGGAAGUUGUAGGAAAAGCUUUGCAGGUAGGGUACCUUUUAAUGUCAGAUCUUUUUUGUGUUUUUUGCUGAACCAGUUCAAUGCUUUGUAGGAAAAGCUUCGCAGGUAGGCUACUUUUUGAAACACGCUUGUAUGUUGUAUCCAGUACAAAAUACUGCAUUUGCAGAGCUACUUGGUUGUAUAUUUUUUGAAACAUGCUUGUAUCAACACUGAUGGAAUUUUGUCUAUGGCUAGUAAUCUUUUAUCUACUUCAGAAGUUGCAGAAAUGGAGAUGAUAAGCAUCACUCUUGUAGAAUCCUUGCAAGCUUGAUCAUCAUCGAACGGACAUUCUAUUUUUUGUUCUGUAACACAUUCCCUGCUGCUGAGAAUUCCUUUCUGCCCUUAAUGCAUUGUUUAUAGGAUUCCAGGACUCUCCUUCAGGGAGAUUUUCCAACUUGCUUUGCCACAAUGUUGCAAUCUUAUGUUGCAGUGUUCAGACCACUAUUUAGCUGCAAUCUUAUGUUGCAGUGCCGCAGCUUGGACCAGUUUUAAUUGAGUAAAUGCGCGUUAACAGAAAUACAACAAAGGAAACUUGUGACAUUCAUUUGCACAGAAAAUUUCUUAGUUGAGAGCCUCAUACAUCGUUCAUCAUGGAUUCAUUAUUGUAAAGGAGGCAAAGCGACUAUAUGUGAGCAUUACAAACCAACUUGCUACUGAUAGAGCCACAAACUCAUUGCAAUAGAUGAUUACUACUAAAGAGACCUUAA